AUGACGACAGUGCACACGGGCUCAUGUCCAUUUGGUGGAUGGGCGGUCGGCGACCCCGCGGCCGUGGGCGCCCGCGAUAAACUUUAUAUAUUCAUAGGCGGCAGGCUCGCCGAGCGAGCGAGCCCCGCGCCCGACGGCCGGCUGGUUAUGUCCGGUACCGUUACUUUUCUUGCUUUCAGAUCUCGUUCGGUGCUUAAUUCUUGUUUUAAAACAGGCUGCAGUGCGCUGGAAGCCGGCGCCGCCGCCGCUAAUGAACGUGCGCCGCAUUAA